AUGGCCGAAGGUAUCAAGGCGACUUUUGCACAAUGCAAGAAGGAGAACAGACCUGCCCUCGUGGGCUACUUCACCGCAGGCUAUCCCACAAAGGAGGAAUGUCCUGAUAUCAUGUUGGGCCUCCAGGCCGGUGGUGUCGAUGUCAUCGAACUCGGCCUUCCCUUUACAGACCCCAUUGCAGACGGUCCUACGAUCCAGAAAUCGAAUACGGUCGCCCUCGCCAACGGUGUCACAGUCACUUCUUGCCUCGAGUUCGUACGGGAAGCUCGGAGACGCGGCCUCAAGAUCCCAGUGCUCUUCAUGGGCUACUACAACCCCCUCCUGCGGUACGGCGAGGAUCGCAUGCUGAAAGACUGCAAGGAAGCAGGGGUGAAUGGAUUCAUCAUGGUCGAUUUACCUCCCGAGGAAGCUGUCCGGUUCAGAAAUAACUGCAAAACCGUGGGGCUCUCAUAUGUGCCUCUGAUCGCCCCGGCUACGUCAGAGAAGCGCAUGCAGCUGCUCUGCAAGAUUGCCGACUCCUUCAUAUACGUGGUCUCAAGAAUGGGCGUCACUGGUGCCACGGGCACAUUGAACACAAAACUUCCAGAGUUGCUGGAACGAGUACAUCAAUAUUCCGGCGGUGUGCCCGCCGCCGUCGGGUUCGGUGUCAGCACCCGAGAUCACUUUUUGAGUGUCGCAAAGAUCGCCGAGGGUGUCGUCAUCGGCAGUCAAAUCGUGUUGGAGCUUGGAAAGGCCAAGGAAGGUGAACGUGCAAACGCUGUACGGGAAUACUGUUCGCAGAUCACCGGCCGAAAAGUGGGCGAAUUCAACACGACGAAUGGAUUGACGAGGGAAGUUGGAAUCGUGGAGACUAUGGACGCUGCAAAGGAACCCAAUGCAACCACGAACGGUUUGAAUGGCCACCAAGUCCAAGUCGACAAGGUCAUCACGGACGCAGAUAUACCUUCUGAACCGGGCCUAGCAGAUCAGCUUGAUGCUCUCAACUCAGCUACCAACGGAACGACGCCGAACCCGGAUGCCAUCCCUGCCCAGUUCGGUCAGUUCGGUGGCCAGUUCGUCCCAGAGUCGCUGAUGGACUGCCUGGCCGAACUUGAGGACGGUUUCGAGAAGGCACGAAACGACCCUGAGUUCUGGAAAGAAUUCCGAUCAUACUAUCCGUACAUGGGACGACCGUCGUCACUGCACCUGGCGAACCGGCUGACGGAAAAGGUGGGUGGUGCACAGAUCUACUUGAAGCGAGAAGACCUGAAUCACACCGGAAGCCACAAGAUCAACAAUGCUCUUGGCCAGAUCUUGCUCGCGCGGAGAUUGGGCAAGACCAGAAUAAUUGCAGAAACGGGUGCUGGUCAGCACGGUGUCGCCACCGCUACUGUCUGUGCGAAGUUCGGACUCGAAUGCGUAGUCUACAUGGGCGCCGAGGAUGUGCGUCGACAAGCUCUCAAUGUCUUCCGUAUGAAGCUUCUCGGUGCAAAGGUGGUUGCCGUCGAAGCAGGAUCCCGUACGCUGCGAGACGCGGUCAAUGAAGCCCUACGCGCCUGGGUCGUUGAUCUCGACUCGACUCAUUACAUUAUCGGUUCGGCCAUCGGCCCGCACCCGUUUCCCACGAUCGUGCGAACUUUCCAGAGCGUCAUUGGUCAAGAGACGAAAGAGCAGAUGCAAGAACUCACGGGUAAAUUGCCUGACGCCGUCAUUGCCUGUGUCGGUGGUGGUUCGAAUGCGGUGGGCAUGUUCUACCCCUUCAGCAAAGACCCCUCUGUCAAGUUGAUUGGUGUCGAGGCCGGUGGCGAGGGCGUUGAGACGGGCAAGCACUCGGCCACACUUUCCGGUGGAUCGGUCGGUGUGUUGCACGGCGUGAGGACGUACGUGCUCCAGAACGAACAUGGCCAGAUUUCAGAUACGCACUCGAUCAGUGCCGGUCUGGAUUAUCCCGGUGUCGGGCCGGAAUUGUCGAGUUGGAAAGAAGCCAGCCGGGCGAAAUUCAUCAACGCCACGGAUCCGCAGGCCCUGAUUGGUUUCCGCACGCUGAGUGAGACGGAAGGUAUCAUCCCUGCGUUGGAGUCCAGUCACGCUGUUUACGGGGCGAUGGAGGUUGCCAAGACGAUGAAGAAGGAUGAAACGAUUGUUAUAUGUCUUAGUGGACGUGGCGACAAGGACGUCCAAGAAGUUGCCGAUGAGUUGCCCAGACUUGGACCUGGUAUUGGUUGGGACUUGAGGUUUUAA